GCCCCGGCUCGCCGCCCCCGCCGGCCCCGGCCAUGCGCGGGGCGCGCAGCCCAGGGACGCCGCGGGGGUGAUGCCAGAAGGAGCCCGGCAUGCCGUACCUGGACCGACAGAACCGUAUCUGCGGGUUCCUGGACAUUGAGGAAAAUGAGACCUGUGGGAAGUUCCUGCGGAGGUAUUUCAUCCUGGACACCCAGGCCAACCACCUCCUGUGGUACAUGGACAAUCCUCAGAACCUGGCCAUUGGAGCAGGUGCUGUCGGAUCCCUGCAGCUGACCUAUAUCUCCAAGGUCAGCGUUGCCACCCCGAAACAGAAGCCUAAAACUCCGUUCUGCUUUGUUAUCAACGCUCUGUCCCAGCGCUAUUUCUUGCAAGCCAGUGACCAAAAGGACCUGCAGGACUGGGUGGAGGCACUGAACAAGGCCAGUAAGAUCACGGUGCCAAAGGGUGGCAGUGUCCCCCCGGCCACGGAAAUCACGAAGCCGCCGGUGGUGCCCCAGGCCCAGGAGAGGAAGCCCCAGGUGGCCUACAAAACUGAGAUCGUUGGGGGGGUAGUGGUCCACACACCCAUCUCCAUCAACCAGGACGGCGGGGAGGGUGGCGAGGCGGCCGCCCACCCUCUGCUGCGGCGCUCGCAGAGCUACAUCCCGCCCUCAGCCGCCCGGCCGCCCGUCGGCCCGGCCCCGCUCAAGAGCGGCUUCUGCGUCAAGCAGGGCAACGUGAGGAAGAGCUGGAAGCGGCGGUUCUUUGUCCUGGAUGAGUUUUCCAUCAGUUACUACAAGUGUGAGCAGGACAAGGAACCUUUGCGGUCGAUUCUCUUGAAAGAUGUUUCCAAGACCCACGAGUGCCUGGUCAAGUCUGGUGACCUCCUGAUGCGAGACAACCUCUUUGAAAUCAUAACGAGCUCCAGGACCUUCUAUGUCCAGGCAGACAGCCCCGAGGACAUGCACAGCUGGAUCCGGGCAAUCACAGGGGCAGUCCAGGCCCUGAAAACCCGCCCCAGGGAGAUGUCCUUUGUGAGAUCCACCUCCGUGGCCAGGCCCGGGGGCUCCUCGGCCCCCUCCCAGCCGCGGCCGUCGGCGGAGGAGCGGCGAGCCUCGUGCAGGGGCCCCUCCGCGUCCUCCUGGCAGCCCUGGACGCCGGUGCCGCAGGCGGAGGGGCAGCGGCCGGCGCUGGGGCAGCGGCCAGCCCCGCUCAGGGUCUCGAUGUUCGUGCCAGCGCUGGAGCAGGAGGGCACGGCCGCGCCCGGCACGCGCCUGCGGCACCGCUCGGAGCCACAGCAGCUCAAGGAGAAGCCGUUCGCCUUCGACCUGGAUGAUGAAAGUAUCCGGACCUCCGAUGUCUGACCAGGCACCCAGCUGCCCCCGGCGCCACACGCCGCCUCCCUGGCUGCCGGGGAUCCCCGUGGGCAGUCUGGGGUGUGCCAGGUGGUCCCUUCCCUCCGGCACAGCCCUUCCCUGCCACGCAGGAGCCGUCUGGAUGCACAUCCUGAGCCCUGCUCUGCAGGGAGCAGGUCCCUGACUGCUCCUGCCCAGGCUUGGCCCCACUGGUUCCAUGUCUCAGAAGAUGCUUCCGGGCACUGCCACACUCGCUGUGCAGGGCAGGAGGUGCUGGGGACCUGUAUGAGGGGACAGCUUCUGCAGUUGCAUCAUUUCCCCCACAAACCAGGUCUGGAGGAAGUGGCAAGAGGUCUUGUAGGCAUGAGGGGGAGUGUGGCCUUUCUUGUGUUUGUGAAAUGUUUUUCUCCCCUUUGAUGCUGCUCAGAUUCCCCAGGGCAGAGCUGGGACACGCCAGCCUGCAGCUGCCCACACAGGGGACUCACUGCAGCUUCCCCUCACGGUGACUUAUUCCCUCAGAGACCAGCUCUUCCCACUGCCACACAAGGGUUUAUCAGCAAUCUGCUGGGUUUUAAUUGUGUCUUUUUAUACCUGUGGCUCCCGUUGAACCCAGCCUGGGCAGGUGCUCAACCCCUCCAAAGGCUUUGGGUGCUCCCUGAGCUCGAGCCGGGGCAGGCGGCUGGAGUGACAGUGGCUCCCAGGUGGGAGCAUCCUCAGGUAAGGUGUCGGUUUUGCACUUGCACGCCUGAGCACAGAGACCCGUGCCAGAUGGUGAAGGGCUUUUAGUAAAAAGCGAUGAAUACCGAGCACCUGAUGGAAAUGAGCAGACUUGUCCGGCCAACUCAGCCACUGCCUGCCCGAGAUGGAAACCAGCAGGAGUUUCUAGAGCGAUGCGAAUCGUCAUUUCCAUAACCAAAUGAGCUCCUGUAGGUGUGAUAAAUAGUGUGUAGAAAAUCCAGGUGUUCCCUUGGCAGAGGGAUCGUCUGAUACCUUCACCCUGCAAGCGUGUGCAAUCCCGGGGUGCCGAGCGAGAACUCGGCUUCCCUUUCACUUCCCUGGCCACGACACGUCCUCUGCUCCGCAAGCUCAGCCCAGUGUGUUCCCCAGGAGCAGAACAUCUGGUUUUUCCCAGCCCUUUUGGGGCCUCCAGCUGUUUGCCAGCUGUGCCUCAGCCUGAGCCUUGAUUAGCCUGACUGACCUUAACGCGAUUCCUGUUGUACUUUCCUGCCUCAAUCCCGUGGGGCUGCUGCGGGAUGGGCACAGUAGAGGUACCUUUGUGCAGCUGGGGGAGGCAGGAAUGGGUCCCCCAAGGGUCUCAAAGGGAAUUGUGUGGAGAUGCUGGAGAACAUAGAGACUGUGAAAAUGAGUGGGAAUUGCUGCAAACGGUACAAGGCAAGUGUUAAUAUUAUUUAAUUGCAACUACCUAGAUCCUGCUGUUCCUUUUUCUGCUCCUUUUUGCUUUAUUUGCACUAGAGUUUGAAACUUUCAUUUUUUUAGGCUGACUUGCUCUUUGGCUCCUAACAUUGUUUCAAGAAUGUUUUAGUAGUUUGGUAAGCCCAUCCAUCAGAGAGUCAUAGCGUUCACUAACAGCGUUCUGAUCUGUUUUGGAGAGCAGGGAAUGCAGAGGGAUGGUGCUUCUUUAGUGCAAGGCCUUGGAACCACAGACUUCUGAGUAUUCCUGGUGCUUGGUAAUUGCACAGUUUCCUCAGGCCUGGGAAGGUAAAGCUUGUUGCACAAUUAAAGUUAAUUAUCCAGGAGCAGAAACUACCAGUGGCUCCAGCACUAUUGCAACAUUCCUCUUGCUCAUUCCCACCCUCCUGCAUCCCCAGGACAGCAUACAGGCUGAAGGUGAGGUUCAAAUAAGUGUGGAGCUCAGCUGGGCUCCAGGGCCGUCCAUAACACAGUUGGUGUUGGGAGGGAGGGAUUUCCCGGGGCUGGUGGAUGCUGCCAGACCUUGAUGGAGCCUUGUGGUUAUUUUAAAGCAAACUGGUUUCCCCUCAGCCCUGCAUUCGCUCCUGGCUCAGGCAUGGCAUGGACACAUCCCCCUGGAGCUGCUCCCUCCUGGAGCGUGUGCUGUGGGGCUUUGCUGGGGGUGCUGCAGAUUCGGGGUGCCUUGCAGGGACACUGGUGGGAGAGAGGGCUUUGUUAUUCCUGCGUGGUUCCAGAUGUUUCUGAAAGUGCUGGCUGGGGGUUCCAAGUGCUCUUAGGGCAAUGCUCUGUCACUCCCGGGGUGGGGGUACCUGCCUGUAAAUGCUGCAAUGCCCUUUCUCCACGGUGUUUUUAAAUAAAGAAGGAAAUCCCAAUUA